CUUUCCGCUCACAACAGGACGAUCCGCAAGCUUCAUGAAAACGCGCUGCGCUUCCCGAUUGACGAUUAACAUUAGCUGCACUGCUUGAAUGCCGCCUUCACCGUCUUCGCCUAUCUUGCGAUCCCUUCGAAGUCCCGCUCAUCGUGCAUUUCACGCGCAGUUUCCGCCCCUUAACUCCACUUCGUCUCGGGAUUACGCCACGUGCGCAGAGACGCAGUGACGCAGGGACGACUGCAAACGCUCGCCUGGGGAAAGGCCGACAAUGGUACUGUCGCCGCAGCCGAUCGGCAACCUCGUCCCAACUCCAUCCUCUGCUCCACCACGCAUCUGCAGUCCCGGCGCCACGAGCAUAUCCGCAGACAUUACCUCCAGACGGUAGCCAGUGCAUUGCGCUUUGCUCUGCCACACCGCCAAGGCUGAUUCCGCGAUGGACCGAAGUGCGUCCCCAGAUGGCCGGUCCAGGGCUUUGCUCGCCCAAGCCGAGAACGUGACCGGGUUGGUGCUCGACGAGGACGCCCCGGUGCCUUUUAUCAAAGAGGAGUCGCUGAGCCCGGUGCCGGACGACCCCGGGGUAGUCAGGAUGCCGUCGUUCAAAGUAAAUACCGUCAGCCCCACGCAGAAGUCGUCGGGUACCCCAGCCGGCAAGGCAAGUGGCACGCAGCAGAAGUCUGGGAGACAUGGCGGCAAGGGAGGCUCUUCCAAGGCGGGCAUUCUCAAGGCGGCCAAAGCAAUCCAAGUGCCUGGGCAACCCAUAAUCCCGCGCAAGGUUCAGGACUGGGAGCCCUGGAAGGGCGUCCUGUACGAGCUCUACAUCACCCAGAACCGCAUCCUGCGCGACAUCAUUGACAUCAUGGAAACCAAGCAUAACGUGAGAGCAACCCCAAAAAUGUACAAGAACCAGUUCGCCCGUUGGGGCUUUUUCAAAUACUCUAUCAAGGGGCGGCCGCGGGCCAAGGCCGAGUCGCCGACAGACCUGAGCAGUUCUGACGAUUCCCUCGACGGAGCCAUCGUCCUGUCGAGGGACGAACUGCUUCACGCAGACGGCGGAUCGCGCAGCAUCCAGGCCGGCCUGACCGCCGUUCGCCGUUUCCUCCAGGGCCACAUCGACCGGGAUCCGGCUAACCUGCAAGUCGAGGAAGUCGCCGGGUUCGUCGACCCCUGCUACCGGUACUUCAAGGUUGCCAUGGACCUGUUCGAUCUCAAAGAGAACGUUGAAGGCGGCCGCGUCCUGCGCCUCGCCUUCCUCCAGAUCGAGCGCAAGAUCUCGAAACCCACCAUGAAGUCCUUCUCGGACUUGUGUUUCCUCGUGCCUCACCUCCUCCUCGAAUCUAAUCGCCGAGACAUCCUCUCAGCCUAUCUACACUACCUCUCGGCUCUGGCAACGGUCAAGUUCGGCAGACACCCCGUCGCCGACCUCGCCGCCUCGUUCGCCAGCCUCGUCGACGACCGACCGCAAGACAUGAUGCGCUACAUCAUGCUCCUCUCACAAAUCAACUCCGACACCAUCGCCUCCCUGCCGGGCAUGCUCGACCGCAACCGCGAGUGGGCUCGCAACCAGUACCUCGCCUGCCAGCGCACGGCCAACACCACCACCACCAUUUCACCCCACCAAUCGCCGUCCCCCGGCCGAGGCGACGGCAUUAUCGGCGCAGAGCGGCACGACCAUCACAUGAUCCGCCUUGAAGCUCAAUCCGUCUACUGGGCACAGAAGCUCGUGAUGCAAGACCAGGAAAGCGACGCGAUGGCGGCGCAGUGGCUCCGCCGGCGAUUCGAGCCCAACUUUGGCCCGCGUUGCGAGCGGUACCUCGCCCAGCUGCGGGAGCGUGCCGCGCAGGGCGGGUUCCCUGUCAUGUUUGCGCGCAUGAUGGAGACGCUCAUGGUCGGGUGGCUCUAUGACUACUAUGAGACGGUGCAGGAUUGGGAGCGGGCAUUUGAGUGGGGCCGGAGGGGGCUGGAACUGUCGACGGAUGAGCAGUAUGCGAUUUGGUCGAUUCAUCUCGAGGGGUUGAUGGAGAGCAGUGGGAGGGCGGAGGAGGCGGAGGAGCUGAGGAGACGGAGGAGGGAGCAUGCUUGGCUGGAGAGGGUUAGGUUGGAGGUGGAUCGGCUGAGUAUCGCGGAUGGGUGAUGGUGGCGGUGAUGGAAGGGUAUUGGUUGAAUUUGCCCAAUGUAUAAAAUAGUGUAGCGCUGGGAGGUAUACUCUUUGGUUGGGUUAUGGAUAUGGACGCAUUGGUAUUGGAUUAGGGCACGGCGCUUUCUCGAGAGAAGCCCAGCAUGGUUCUUGGGCUGGAAUCUGGUCCGCAGUGGGCCAUCGAGAAAUUCGAAUCUUUGCAGUGUCAUGUUCGAGUCUGCUGUAUUUUCUUGUUCGCUGAGAACACUCGGUCCGUUUGGGGUGCCGAUCUCAGGUAAGGUAGGCAGCGAAGAACAAG